UGUGUGUAAAUUCGAUUGAAAUCUUCAACUUUUUCAUAAAAAAUUGUUAUGAUAGUUCUAUUUUUAAAUUAAAUUUAUCAUCUUGUGAAUUAUAAACAGUUCAAGUUAAAAAAAAAUCAAUCUUUAAUUACCUCAUUCUAGAAUUAAGUUAAAAUUCUAGCUAUUAUUAAUGAUUGGCGGCUUCCACUUUGAAUUUUUCGGUGAAAAUCAAUCGAAAGUUCAAAGUAUGCAGACUGCCGGGUUUGAUGAUGGCUAUGAUGCUUCUUGGCAUCUCAUUCCACCUGAUUAUGUUUGUAAUGAGGAUGAUUAUAGGCUAUUGGAAAGCAUCAAAAUGCCCGUAGCAUCAAGAACGAGUUCAGGAUUUCACAUAAGUGACAUUCUAGAGCUGAAUGAGGCCAAACCGACGGCUCAAGAAGAUAGUCCUGGAACAACAAUUCUUCCUGGUACUACUGAUGUUCCUUCAGCGUAUCAACAACUUUUGGAACACACUACAGCCAUGUUACAGCCUGGAUUACAUGGUAAUUUGACUAGAAGUUCAUUACCUCCACCACCACCACCGCCAUCAGCAGCUCUACCUCCUCCUGGUCUCUUAGGGUGGCCAACAGCUCCAAUUUUACCUGUUUCAAUGCCACAAUCCCUAGCUGACAUGACUGUACAUCAACAACAACAACAACCAGACUCUACAAGUCCAACCAUUUCGGAUCUCUCUUUUCCAUCGCAUCAGGACACUGGCAAUGAAUCCUCCAAAGAUGAAGAGCAAGACUUUGAAGAAACUGAAGAGCAUCACUCUGAUGAACGCAAUGAUGACAAAGACAGAUCUCGGGAAAUUAAUGAUAACAGCCAUUGUGGAAAGAAACAAAGAAAACGAAGGGUUUUAUUCUCCAAAGCUCAAACUUAUGAACUUGAACGACGAUUUAGACAACAGAGAUACUUGAGUGCACCAGAACGUGAACAUUUGGCGUCGAUUAUCUGCCUAACUCCUACCCAAGUCAAAAUCUGGUUCCAAAAUCAUAGGUAUAAGACAAAGAGAGCUCAAAAUGAACGAGUUGAAGCUGGAGCUUCUGGAUGUUCUCCAAGAAGAGUUGCUGUACCAGUUCUAGUGAGAGAUGGAAAACCUUGUCAAUCAAAAUUAGUCGAAUCCACGUAUCCUACUGGAGCUAAUGGUCAAGUACCUAUGACUUCUUACAUGAAAUAUUGGUGGUGAAUAAAAAAUUGUUAUUCACUUUUUUUCAUACCUGAAGACAUCUAUAAUUGUCUUUGUAUACCAGUGCAAAUGAACAUUCCAUACUAAUAAUAAUUUGACAGAAAAAAAUUAUUUUAUUUAUUUUAAAAUAACAAAUAUCUUGGAAACUAAAUCUUAAGUGAUGAUGGUUUUUCUUUGGGCAGACGUCUUAUAUAGUAGACCGAAUAGAGGCGUAUAAAAAUAAAAUGAAGUGAUUUUUAAAAUCAAGUGAAUAUUUAAGAUAAAUUUAAGAUGUCAUUGUUGUAGAGAAGCUGAUCUAAAAGGAAAAGAAACAAAGGAAAAGUUAAACUUUUCAUUGAAAAAUAGAAAAAAAAUUCUCGAUCAGAUUUUCACUUUAAACGACAUUCAAUUUAUCAUUCUAUAAAAAUAAUAUUUAUUGUAGCUGAUUGUAUAUAUGUAAAUUGUGUAUGAUAAUAGUAUAAAAUAUAAUAUAUAAUCGCAUC